UGCUGGAGCGGCGGCGGGAGCGCGGCGGGGCCGGGAAUCGCGAUAGCGCCGCGGUAUCUCCGCGAUAUCCCCGCGAUAGCCGCACUCAGGACUAUUACACUUGGAAUUUGCCUUCUUCUCCCGAGGAUUACAAUUGCACCAUGACCCUGGAGGAGCUGGUGCCUUGCGAUAGCAGCAAGAUGCAGGCGGUGAGCGAGGCGGUGGAGCGGCUGCUGGUGGCGGCGCAGCGGCAGGACCGGCUCACCGUGGGGGUGUACGAGUCGGCCAAGCUGAUGAAUGUGGACCCCGACAGCGUGGUGCUGUGCGUGCUGGCCACCGACGAGGAGGACGAAGGCGACAUCGCCCUGCAGAUCCACUUCACGCUGAUCCAGGCGUUCUGUUGCGACAACGACAUCCACAUCCUGCGCGUGUCGGGCAUGCAGCGCCUGGCCACCAUCCUGGGCGAGCCCGAGGCGCAGGCCGAGCCCCGCGACCUGCACUGCCUGCUGGUCACGAACCCGCACACGGACGGCUGGAAGAGCCAGGGCUUGGCGGAGGUGGCGAGUUACUGCGCCGAGAGUCGCGACAGGAACCAGUGGGUGCCGUACGUGUGUCUGCAGGAGCGCUGAGCCCGGCCCGGACUCAAAGGGUUAAAAACCUUAAAAAAAAAAAAAAACUUCCAACGUAAAACAGCAGGAAAAAAAAACAAAACCGAGAAAAGAAGAAACAGCGAGUUCCAACCCCCAAUCCCCAACACGCACCGAUUUUAUUUUUGUUUUGAACCGGAGAGAGGAGAGGGGAGCGCGGCCGCUGCGGUGGGGAUGGAGGAGCCGGGGCUGAGUGGACACCACUGGCCGGAGCCAGCCGGACACCACUGGCCGGAGCUGCUGGACACUGGCCAGAACCGCUGGCUGGAGCCCGGGUGGACACCGCUGGCCGGAGCCAAGUGGACACUGGCCGCAGCCGCUGACUGGAGCCCGGGUGGACACUGGCUGGACACCACUGGCCGGAGCCGCUGGACACUGGCCGGAGCCCGAGUGGACACCACUGGUUGGAGCUCGGCUGGAUGGACACUGGCCGGAGCCGCUGGUCAGAGCCUGAGUGGACACCACUGUCCGGAGCCACUGGACACCACUGGCCGGAGCCGCUGGACACUGGCCCGAGCUGCUGGCCGGAGCCCGAGUGGACACCACUGGCCGCAGCCCGGCUGGACGGACACUGGCCGGAGCCACUGGACACCACUGGCCGCAGCCCGAGUGGACACCACUGUCCGGAGCCGCUGGACACUGGCCGGAGCCGCGCUGGACACUGGCCGGAGCAGCUGACCCGCGGGGCUGACCCCGGAGCUGCCACUGUCGCGAUUUUCGGCAGCUGGGACCUGAUGGAGGCGAGGACUGCGGAGGGCUGGAUUUUUAUUUUUUUUUUUUUUUAUUUUUGAUGUUGUCGCAAAAAACUGCAUUUUCCAAGGAAUUCUCGCCGUCUGCACAGACGGACCUGCACCCCCCGGGUGCUGCUUUUGCACUUGGACGCCCUGAGCUGAAUCUUUUCCAGAGUUUAUUCUUCUACCGAGCGAGGAACUGAAUUGAUUUGCAAUAAAAUGUCUGACGUGA